GAGUAGGCUACACUUCAUAGUUUUGCAGAACUACUUUUUGUCAAUCCAAACGGCUGGUUGGGAGAGGCGAACGCAUCCGAGCGGACGUCCACCUCACUUUUCUCCGGGUGUUGUCCGGCUCCCCGGCACACACUCGCACUCACGGCUGCUUCCAUCUAUCCAUGCUGUUCACUUCAUUGUACUGACUGUGUUCAUCAAUUAGGCAAGAAUUAAGCCGUUUUAGGUUCAGUAGUUAUCUUUUAGCACUUCCGAGGGGAUUAUAAACGGCGACCAGAGGCGCAGAUAAGUUUUGAGUGCGGGAAAGCGGAGAGAAACGAAACACAGAUAUGCCCUCAGUGAUGGAGCGCUCGGGGGCCGGGGUCCUGUCCAGGAGCAGAGCCAAGACUGUAACCAAUGGCAACAGCCAACCACACUCUGAGGAGGAGAGCAGUGAUGAAGAGCAUGCUCAUGACAGUAUGAUCAGAGUGGGAGGAGAUUACCAGGCUCAGAUCCCAGAGUUCAAACCAGACAGUCCAACCCGCUACAAUGAAAAGGACCAGAGGAGCAUGUUGGUGUGGUGUCCCAACAGUCAGCUGUCUGAUGCAAUGUUGGAUGAGUACAUCCUGAUGGCUAAAGAGAAACAUGGGUACAACAUGGAGCAGGCCCUGGGCAUGUUGUUGUGGCACAAACACGACGUGGAACGCUCACUGGCCGACCUCGCCAACUUCACCCCCUUCCCAGACGAGUGGACGGUCGAGGAUAAAGUGCUGUUUGAACAGGCCUUCAGCUUCCACGGCAAGAGCUUCCAUCGCAUCCAGCAGAUGCUUCCAGACAAGCUGAUCUCCAGUUUGGUAAAGUACUACUACAGCUGGAAGAAGACCAGGACCAGGACCUCAGUCAUGGACCGACAGGCCAGGAGGCUGGUCAGCAAGAGAGAGAAAGAUGACAGUAAUGAUGAGCUGGAGGAAGGAGACCCUGGCAGUGACAGUGACUUUGAGAUUGACAACAAGAAAGAGGCAGUGAAACAGAACCCCAGCAGCACCAGCUCUGACAAGGCCACGCCCAGUCGCUCUGGGCCGAUAAAGAAGGAAAGCAUCGGGGCUCAGUACCGCCACCACCCGCUCAGAGCCCGCCGCAGGCCACCCAAAGGCAUGCACCUGGACCAGGGAGACAUCAUGUCCCUGUCAGCCUCUCACGAUGCUGGGGUGCUAACUGUACGACAGCUGGACACACAGUUGGUGUCACUCAAGAGACAAGUUCAGUCUAUUAAACAGAACAACAGUAGUGUGAAACAGAGUCUAAAUGAAGGUGUUGAUGGGUUCAAACCUGCAGAGCCUGCCCCUAAGAUGAACUCUCGUUGGACCACAGAGGAGCAGCUCCUGGCUGUGCAGGCUAUCCGUCGUUACGGUAAAGACUUUGCAGCCAUUGCAGAGGUGAUAGGGACGAAGACACCAGCUCAGGUGAGUUCGUUCUUCGUGAGCUAUCGACGCAGGUUCAACCUGGACGAGGUGCUGAGGGAGUGGGCGGCCGAGCAGGUGGCCACCAGCCGAGACCAGAGAGACCCCAGGAGGAGCGGCGAGGAGAUUGCAGCAGCUACAGAUGGAGGCGCAGAGGAGGACGAGGUCAAAAUGGAGGACUCUCCCUCAGACGCUGCUGGCAGCUCCUCUCCCCCCUCUUCAACCCAGACCCCAUCUUCUCUCUCCCAGCCUCCUCCGCUGCUGCGCCCAGCGCCUCCCUCGGCUCCCCCCAGCCUCCUCCGUCAGCCUCCUCCUCUCCAGACACGCCCGCUCCAGAACCGCGCGCCACACAACCACCCGCCACCUCCGCUCAUCCGGCCCGCAGUGACUUCCUCCUCUUCCUCCACCGGGGGCUCCAGCCUCAGGGCUUCUCCUCCCAGCUCCUCCUCCACCACUGCGGCAGGGCAGAUGCCUCCGUCGCUGGUCGGGCUCAAAGUGGAGCAGUCCAACUCGCACUGAUGACACACACAUGUAUGAAAAUAGGGGUAGAAACACACACACACAAACACACACAAAUGAGCUUUCAGUCAAACACAAUGCUUUCUCUCUUCUCAGAGAAAAUUCCUGUAACUCUAUCGCUCCUAACCUUCGCUCCUGAGACCAUUACGCAUCACAUGACCACAUGAUCGAUUGAACACGCUCAGGUCCCUAUGGUGACGUCACAGCUCGUAAAAUGUGGCAGGAAGAGUGUGAGGGCCCCUCAACAAGUCCACUUUGUAAGGCAGUGAACCCCUUUACUGUACUGACAAACACCUACCUCCAGACCAUAGUUCUCUAGUGUCACACACACACACACACACACACACACACACACACACACACACACACACACACACACACACACACACACACACACACACACACACACACACACACACACACAACAUGCUGGGAACAAAAGGAAUACAAUCCCUGAACACAACAAAGAGACACUGGAUCAUCAAGCUGUUGAAGAAAGCCAUGACCACAGAGAGAAAACCCACCUGCUCGUCUCCAUGGCAACUGUUGAACAUCUGGAUUGCGGAGGAGUGUGGUUGAACACACUUACACACACACACAAAAUAUAUAUAUAUAUAUAUAUAUAUAUAUAUAUAUAUAUCUGUACUGUAGGUGCGACCGGGCGGGUAUCAAGUCAUCCAAACAGCCUUCAGGAAAAACAAAUGAUGAAUUAAACGAGGGAAAGAAAAGGUGAGAAUGGAGGGAGAGUUGCCCACAUCUGAGCCAAACCUGCUCCUCCUGAGAGGUCGUGUAGAUUAGAAAAUCGGAAUCGAAAAUUAGAAAAACAGGCGGAAACGUGAAGAAAUCCACCUUUUCAUUCGAUCUUUGCUUUAAAACUUGGCCCCUCAAAGAGGAGCGAGAAGGUACAAAGAAACCGAGCUUUGUAUUCAAAGCUGUGAGUUUCUUUCUUUGGCUUUUAAUAGUUGAAAUUGUUGGUUCAGAUUUGGGCAAAAAUGGAAAAAGAAGAGCAGGAGAUCACAGCUCUCUCUUCUCUCAUAGCCAUGUAUUACUAGUAUUUACUGGAGUGAUGUUUUUCUUUUUUUUGACUAGACUUAAAGGUGAGCCCUAGAUAGACAGUUAGUUACUGUAAGUAGUUUAGAUAGUGCAUACUUUAUUAUUAUUAUGGUGAUAAUUAUUGACUCAGCACUAAGGAGAAAGGGAGCCUUUUAACACGUGUGGUUGGACUGUGUCUCACAUUUCAACAGGACAUUUUGCCACAGUUUAUUUUCACUCGCCCAGUGCUAUGUCGCUUACUUCUGAGGAACAUUUCCAGUCGUCAACCCCAAACACUGGUCGACACAUUGGCUCCUGUGUGUGAUAUGAUGGGAUGACUCUCUGACCUCCUACAGAUUUGUGUACACUGAAAAAGAAAAAAAUGUUCUGCCAAAGUCUGUUAUUGCUUUAAAAGCACACUGUUUGUCCAUGUCUCCAGUUGGCUGUUUUACAGUGUUGGCUACUUGCUACAUGUUAGACACAAGAGUGCGACAUCACUUUCAUGUCCAGAGUUAACUAGAUGGCAAGACUCUGUACAGUCGUUAUGAAGCUACCACCAGCAGCCGGCUAACUUAGCUUAGCACAAUGGAAACAGCAGCUCCCCUGGUUCUAUCCAAAGGUAACAAAGUCUGCCUAACAACACCUCUAACGCUGCAGUCAACACAUUUCUUUUGUUUACUUUGUACAAAAACAAGUUUACUUUUUUUGUGGCUGGACUAUUUCUGCUUCUUUCCAUGAGUCCCUGGUUAGCUGGUUGCCAGGCAACUCGUCCCGACCAAGAAAUAGUCCAGCACCUGCUAAACCCUAAAACGAAUGGUUGUGGUUUUGACACUUUAAGGAUUAAACAUGAAAUACAACAUGUGAAUUUGUGGGUUUUAGAGGAGCUGGUGGGAGGAUUCAUUACCUCUGGACAGAGGCAGCCGGAGUGUUUCCAGUCUUUGUGCUGGUGGAAGCAUCACUUAACAUAAAGACAUGUCAGAGUGAAGUUCUCUAUCUGCUCUAUCUACUAUUCAUAUAGGUCAACGUUUCUGUAGGAGACACAAAAUGUCAGUGGUUGUUUGAGAUGAUUCAGUUCAGUAUUCUGUUCGUCAGCACAUGGUAGGAAUUUACAAAGACGUGAUGACAGCUCUGUGACGCCCUGUGAGUCGAGUCAAGGCAGCUUUCUCUGUGGUAGUCAAAAGUCCUGUCCUGUCCAGGCACAGAGCAAGGAGGCCUGAGAGGUCAAAGGGCAUCUGCAGGAAGUUUCUGCUGUAACAUUAACCCGUCGAUUAAUUUAGACGGUGAACUGUCAGGAAAUGCUGCGUUUUCCUUCCCAGCCCUGCCACAGUCAAGUUUCUGCCUCCUAAGGUUUGAUAUCAGGCAACUUCACGAACAAAUGUAGAUGACUGAACAACAUUUUCCAUGGUACUUUCAUUUUUCUUUUUUUUCUUUUUCUUUUUUUAGACAUAACCUGUUGGUGUCAUGCUGAAUCUAGCCUCCCCUCACAUUCCAGUUGUUUGUCUUUCACUGCCUUCUGAGUCAUGUAUGAACCUUUGUUUAAACUGUGUUUCACAUCACCUGCUUUUGUUAGAAGAGGCCUCCAGUGUCGACUUGAGCGCAGCACUGAGAGGGAAUGGAAGCAGCCUGUCGUCACUACAUUUGGCUUUAACGUGGCUUGCCUUUAGACUUUGCUUGGACUUGUUUUCUUUGUUUCAAAAACUGCUUGUGUGUACUGUAUGUGAGAAGUUGUUUACAUUGUGGAAACUGAACUGUUUGUGUUUGACGGAUGUUUUUUUUUUUUUAGAAUAAAGAAAUGACCAAA